UCAUUACGAUGCUUGAACAAUCCUCUUGGGAGUAAUUUUUCUAAAUCUAAUUCAUCGAUUGCUACAGAAUCGAUCUAAUUAAAUGUUUCAAAGUAAAACGCGAUUAUCUUUAAGAAAAUUUGGCGGUUUAGCUUUCUUGAUUUGCUUUUGAUUUUGAGAUAAGGAACACGAACAAAUAUGGCGAAUUCUAGUACAUUUCUUCUUCUGCACUUCUCUUUCAUCAAUGGAAGCUUCAGUUACAUAAGACUGUACUUUCAUCUCGUACAAGUGUGUAAUCACGUAACAGAGAGAUUCCAAAUUUUUCACACUGAUUAAAUGAUAGGUCCUCGAUGACGUACCCGAAAAAGGGGCGGAUUUCCAUGGUUCGGUUUAACGUUUCACUGGGCGUGCAAUGGAUUCUCUUCGAUCUUUCAAUGUACAGUCGUAACACGAGUGCCACAUUGAUUGGUGCUUCAGAAUGAAAAGCAUCUUUAUCCCGUUCCUCGUGAUCUUCUGCAUCCUGCAGGAUCAUCAGGGUUCCUGCAUGUUCUUGCAGAGUUGCAAGGAAAUCGUGGAUAAUUCUACCUUGCAACGAUUGAAAGAGUAUCUAUUUUGUUCUUACGACGAGGAAGUUAGACCCGUUAGCAAUCAUAGAAAUGCUAUUGACCUUCAGUUUGCAUUGAACAUACACCAGUUUGAAGUCGAUGAACUGGCAAACACGGUUGACUUUCACGUUUGGACUAAAUUGAUCUGGACGGAUUCUCAUUUGACGUGGGAACCAUUGCAAUUCGAUGACAUAAAGUGGCUUCAUGUAAUGAGCCAUGAGAUGUGGGUGCCAGACAUAGUGUCGCAUAGCGUGUCAAACGUGGACGUGAAUACAGAGAUACCAAGGGUUGAAUGCGGGUUGCAUUUCAUGGGUGUAGUAGUUUGCACACCGAUGUUGGUGUACACCACCUUUUGCGAAUCGGAUCACACAUGGUGGCCGUACGAUUCGAUGAAUUGCAGUUUGUACAUUGCAUCCUGGUCUCAUUCCACCGACGAGAUCGACAUACGUUUCGUAGAUGUCGAUUCAAAAAACGAACGCAAAGAGGAUAUUUAUGACGACAGUUUGGAAUGGGAAUUGGUGCACAUUUCUCAGACCGAACGUUUGGUCGAAUCAAAAUUCGGUGUGGAGUUCACUAGCAAAAUGUUGUGUUAUCAUAUCAUCUUGCAGAGAUACAGUUCCACCUACACUUCCUCUUAUAUGACAAUGGUUUUAGCGCUAAUGACAAUGACGUUGAUGGUACUGUGGUUGGAUCCAAGAUCCACCGAACGUAUGGUAGUCGCGAAUUUCAAUUUUAUUUUGCACCUGAUUUGUUUGCAAGAUUUGCAAUGGAAACUUCCUUACAAUGGCAAUUAUCCUCCGAAACUAAUUUUCUUUUACGAGAAUUCGUUAGUUCUGGCUGCAUUCUCGUUAAUUCUUACAAGCAUUCUUCGCCACGUGCAAGAAUUGAACACCGAUGCACCGGCGUGGUUAUCGUCGGUAACGAUUUCGAUUUUGAAAAGCAGAGUAGGUCAGGUGUUUUUAAUAAGCAUCUUAGACCCGAAGGUAUCAGCCAGUAUGGAAAGAAACACUGAUGACAACACGAAUCUCGUGUCAUUCGACAGAAAGGAAUCCACUUGGAAAUACACCUCUAUUUUGAUCGGUUGGAUAGCCUUCUUCAGCGUGUUAUUUGUUUACGUGAUUAUGCUCGCACUUUUCCUACCGACGAGCAAUAGUGCCAAGACCUUCGUGGCGAACACGUAAGUGAGACAACGGUACAAAUAUACGUAUAAAAUUUUUUUUUUUUUUUCAUGAGGAGGGGACACUAAUUGUCACCAAGGUCGAAUGAUUUAACACCAUUAGAUUUUUUCUAUGGAGUUUAUGGAAAGUGAAGUUUACGCCACUAAUCCAAAUACUAUUGACGAGCUGAGCACCAAAAUCACAGUCGCUAUUGAUGAAAUUGAAUUCCACUUGUGUGAAAAUAUAAUGAAAAAUUUGGUGAAACGCAUCAGGCUCGUGAAAAAAGCCGAGAAGCACAUUUAAAUUAUAUUGUCUUUGAUAACACAGGCAUGCGAUGAAACAAAUACAAGGGAAUUGAUAGCUGAACUUUAUGUAUUUUUUGGUGUUGAUUUAAAAUAAAAUAAUGAAAAAUUUC